AUGCUUCGUCUCCCAAGACUGGCACAUGCAAGUUUAAGAGCCCCGAAACCGGGAUGCAUCGCAUGUCUUUGGCGUGCCCCAUGCAUGAACCCACGUCUUCAGCUUCACACGCGACUCGACGCCAUGGCGCAGCAUGAACCGAAUCAAAUCACCACAGCGUUCAUGACCACAGCCUCUUUUGGUAGUUGCGAUUAUCUCUCUUCCUGUCAAAUUAGGGUUAUCUAUUCUUAG